AUCCAAACUAUUUUUUGAAUUUUCUUAAGGUCGUGCUACGUGUAACGACCUUGAGGAUGAGGUACGCUAUUCUUGCAUCAGCAAGUUUGAUUGUUUCAUCCAUCGUCGUAACGAACACUUAUUACCGCAAAAAACAGUUUUACCCUACCGUUGUGUACUUAACCAAUAAUCAGCCAUCCCUUUCUAUCCUCCUCUUUCAAUGUGUUGUUAUACUCUUCUUGGUCGUAAAAGCACUCACAUAUGCUUUCUUCGGUCGGCUUCAAAGAGCAGAAGUAGAUAAUCUUGUUUCACAGUCAUGGUAUGCUUUCUUCGACAUGUGCUUGGUUUUUGCCUUCUUCCAGAACGAAUUGGGAGUCGAAUUUCUGUUCUUGUUCGCUAUACUUUUAUUUGUCAGAGCGUUUCACUGGCUUAUUGAAGAAAGGGUCGAUUAUAUGGAAAGAUCGCCUGUCAUUAGUGUUGUGUUUCAUCUUCGAACAAUGAUGCUUAUUACUCUUCUAACUCUAGUGGACGUAUAUUUCAUCAAAACAGCCUACUGGAAGCCAGCUACACACGGAAUAUCCGUACAUUUGGCUUUGGGGAUCGAGUAUUUCAUUUUAAUAUUGAGUCUUCUAUCGACUACUGUACGUUAUAUUUUACAUUCGAUUGACUCUAUGCGAGAACAUUCCUGGAAUAAGAAAGCUACGUAUCUCUUAUAUGUGGAUAUUCUCAUUGGAUUUAUUCGUUUGGCUGUGUACGUUGAGUUUACGUUCAUCAUGUGGUCACUGCAUCCGUUUCCUUUAUUUAUCGCGCGACCUAUCUAUCUUAGCAUCAGAUCACUAAAAAAGGCGAUUCGAGAUAUGUUGAUGUCACGUCGUGCCAUUCGAUACAUGAACACAGUUUUCCGCGAUGCCACUCCAGAUGAUUUGGCUUCCUCCUCAGAUACUGUUUGCAUAAUCUGUCGUGAAGAAAUGAAUCUUCAGACAGAUAAUAUACCAUCGGUUGAGACUUCAGCUCUUAAAAGGUUACCUUGUUCUCACAUUUUCCAUUUUGGUUGUCUACGUUCGUGGUUUCAACGUCAACAGACUUGUCCAACCUGUCGAAUGGAUGUCAUACGUGAAGCUAGAGUGCAAGAAAGACAGCGACAACAACCUCAUCGUUCAGCAACUACCAAUAAUACACAACCAGAAAGCUCAACAACUUCUGGUCCAUCUAAUUCAACUGCGACACCAUCUGUUGCAGCUAAUAAUCAAAACUUAUCAAUGCCAUGGAUGCCUCCUGCAAAUGCAUUCCCGUUUUAUCCACCAUUUAUUCCUCCUACUAAUAAUUCAACAACUACACAAGCCCAGACAGUCUUUCCGUCUGUGCCUCCUUUAUACAUACCACCCUUUAUGGGGAUGCCUAUAAUAUACCCUGGUAACUUGUUCUCUAGUGGAAAUACUCCUAUGCCAGAACCGCCCUCUGGACCACCUGAAUCAACUGAUGAAGCUCGUCUUCGUGCCAGUGCUGAAGCCCGUUUCACCGCUUUACGUCAAAUAAAUGUACUGUUGAAUGCAGCUGUCCUGCAAAUGAAUGCGUACCUCAAUGCGGCUAGUGCUCCUGCAAGUGAAUUAGAACCUGUGACUUCUAUUAACACUGUCCUCAACACCGACGAUGUGGGAUCAAAUAAUGAAGGAAAGGGAGCCUCAAAUAGUGAUGUAAAUUCUCAGUUAGACUCGGAUGGUAAGAGUCCCCUUGCAUCAGGUAAGUAAACUUCUUAUUCUAGUUUCGAUUUUUUUAAUGGAACAGCCUUGGCAUCUUGAUAUUCAAGCUAUGGAAGAGAAAUUUGUUCUCAUUCCUUUCCAUUCUUCAGAUGCCUUCAUGGUGAUUAAAUAUGUAGUUGAGUUAAAACUAUUUACUUGUUCUUCUUACAUAUGAUGAAUGGAAAAUGAUAUGUUUCAGUUCUAAAAUACUUUUCCGGAAAAAUAUUUUACGAAGUUAUCUUAGAAAACAACAAGAAAGUAAACAGCUUUCACAAUAAAUGACUGAAACUGUGAAUGUAACACUAAGGCAUAAACCACUAGGACUGAUUAGUCUUUAGGAUUGGAUAACCUCUUCGUUACAACAUAAAGAGAAUAGUUACAAAUUAAUUUACCGCUUAGUUAAAACUGAAAAAUAAUUUGUACGAAAACGUCAAGUAGGUUUCAAUCAUAGUUAAGAUUAUGUAAAAUGAGUUUUAUAUCUUCCUCUCAAUUUCAGACAUGAAGAAAUAGAGGGGAAUUAUUGUUUAGUGUUUCCUUAAGAAUAAGCCUCUAAAAGUGAAUUUCGUAAUCUCGAAAUUGAGUCUCUAUCUCUUUUUUAAUAAUAAUGAAAAACUGUUCAUUGGAAAUCUAAUCUAAAUAAAUUCCGUUAUGGUUCCUGGGAGAUAUUUCUUUCUAGUAGGAAUAUAAAGACAUCGAUUUGCUUCAUUUGAACAAUCAUCAGGAAAAAACUACAGUCACACAAUCUACUACUUUAUUUUUCAAAAUGACUGUAAGGUAUGGAAUUUAAAAGUAAAUGACGAAAAUAAGUACAGAUAUUUUAUCACCGGUAUUCUCCUAUCAGAAGCUUGAAUUGGAACUACUAGGGUGUUAACGAGCUUGGGUUAACUAGAGUAGCAAUGAUGUGUUAGAUUUCGGGGUAAGUUCUCUAAUCUUGUGUUUUAUGUUGAUCGUGGUAGUUUUGUCAUUGAAAAUAUUUCUUUAUUUUAAAUGCAUAGUUAAAAGCGGAUCUCGAAUUCAUCUGGAAAAUAACGGCUUUUAAUGACAAAAAACAUGAAUUUUCGAUUAGCUCUUCUGAUAACCAAAUCUGAGGUUUUUGCUGAACGAUUUAUCUAUCUUUAAAGUAUCGGUACUUGCAUGGUUUGGUUCUAUAAAUUUCAGUUUGUAUUUACUAUAUGGUCAAAGAUUGAACUCAGGAGUUCCGAAUUUCCGCCAUUAUAUUUAACAAUUUAAGUUUCUCUCACGUUCAUUGAAGGACAUUGUGGUACAUCAUAAGUCAUUGGCGUUACAUUAAAACAUGAUAAACCAACUGGACCAAUAUUUUAUUUCACCUGCAUUUCAUCCUUUUUUCCUCUUAAUUUGUAUUUUUGUAUCUAGAAAACUCGGAAUUUACGGAAGUUCGUAAACGUAGACUAGAACACUUUGAAUGCUCGUCUGGAGAAAUCACAUCAAAGUCUAACACUGAACUUAAUGAUGUGUCCAAUUGAUCUUGUGACAUUUAUAUAUACCUAACUUUGGUAUUACUAAGUUUAUUCUGAGAUUAGUUUGUGUAAGUUGAAUUCUGUGUGGCCAUGUAUUCUUUCAGAAUUCUUAAAUAAAACGAAUGGCUUUCUAUAUAUUUCAGAAUUUAAAUUAUAUUUGAUGUAAUAUUGUUUCGUUAUAUUCUGUCUUCAAGUAGUCUCAAUAGUUCGCCUUUAUCACUCGUUAUGUUUCAAGGAAUGUGAGAUAUUUCUCUUCAUUAUAAUUAGUAAUAUGGUUUUGUUCAAUGUACAUAUACUUUGUUAUAAAUUACAGGGAUUAGUG